UCGCUGUAUCACGUUCUCAAGGCGAGCCUCUCAGCUAUAUUCCCCCCGUAGGACAUUUUGCGUUUCAUUGCUUUUUUUUCUUCGACCCGAAUUAAUUAUUAUUAGAGGGCUCGGCCGAUGAUGCUCGACGAAUCAGCAAUGCUCGAUACUCGACGCUCUUCUCCUUCUCCUUCUCCUUCUCCUUUUUUUCGCGUUCCACGCGAAUCAAUUAUAAUAUUAUAAAAAAAGGUAAACAGAGAAAUAAAGUGAAAUAUUUGGAAGUGGAGGUGAAGGUGGAGGUGGAGGUGUUCUUCCGCCCAAAGUUCGUCAACCGAUCCUCGCGUCGCGUGGUCACCUUCUCAAAGAUUUGUCGAGAAAAUUUCCAUCGAAAACAAGUAUCAUCGAGCAAUUUACAAGUUAUAUUAAAGAAUAAAAACACGCUCCCUCGAAUAAUGAUUCACGGAUCGUUAUAUUAAUCGUAACGAAACGGAACGGAACAGAACGAAUAGUGGGGGAAAGAGCUGUUCUAAUCACGAUUCAUUUCUCACCACGUAAACACGAUCCAUGUUUUUCUUGGACACCAAACGGGUGAUAUGCAAACGACGUUGCAAAACCUUCGCGUUUCGUAACAACGAUCUUUUUUUGUUCAUCGGGUCAGAGACCCGAGUCACCGAUCGACGAUAAAAAAUCGAAAAUCGAAAAUCGUAAAUCGUAAAUCGUAAAGUGAAAAUUGAAAAGCAGUGAUCGAGAUAGAAAGGUGACAGCUAUAACGUGAUAGUUUUACUAUCGGUGAUAUGUAAUAAAAGAGGGUAAAGUUGGCCUUUCGCUUGGCAAAACCGGUCCUUGAUCGGUAACCACGAGCACGAUGAACGUUCAAGAAAAUGUCAACGUCGAUCGAAUGACUGUCGUGACGAAUCAUCGAAUAGGGGAAAAAGAAUUGGAAGAAGGAACAGAGCUAAUUACGCGUAAUUGACCGGAUUGCGUCGCGGUGCGACACGGUGCGACGCAACAACACCAGGAACGGACGAGAAGAAGGGAAAACGUAGGAAAAGAGUAGGGGCCUUUUACAGUUAAGAGAGAUUUACACGGAGGAAUCCUUUUCUCAACAACGAAGCAACCUUUCUUCUGCAUCCUACUUGACGAAACGACUAACGGGGAUCGCAAACGAGCGCGAGCGCCAGAGUCGACGCGGUGUUCGAAGCUAUAUAGUUCUUCGAUAUCUUGUCGAGAGCAUGUUUCGCUCUACCUAAAGGACGAAAACGAUAACGAUAACGAUAACGAUAACGAUAACGAUCCUUGCAAUGCGUUUGCGCUCCUUCCACAACUAUCGGUCCAGUUUACUAGUUUCCGGUUAAAGCUUGACACGAAUGCUCGCGGAAUCGAGUCUAUCGCGAUUCAGCGAACCUCGACGGACCACCACGUUCAGCGAAAUACGAGGAGGAUCAGGAAGGAAAGGAAAAGAAGGAAGAAUACCGGAAAAUGGCCAGGGAUCGUUCUGAUUCGGAAUAUUCGGAGAAUAUGAGCGACGCGACGAGCUGCAGUUGCACGACGGGUUCCGUCGACAAGGCUAGUACUAGUAGAGGCAGAGGGUCGAAUGGGGCGCGGGUUACGGCUUUCUUCGGAGGAGAGACUCGUUGCUCGCGGAGUGAAAAAUUUCCGAUCGACCGAGUUCGCAACGACGACGAGGCGACGAACGGUACACGAGCUCCGAGCGGGCGCGAGUCACUCUUCCGGAAGAGCGUGCGAGAGUGCUCGUUACGCGGCUGCGGCAUGUUUCAAGAACCGUUUUUCCUCCAUCCGCCCGGCUCUAGGCCUCGCGAUGGAAUCUACAUAAACCCCAUGUCCGCGUACAUCGGUGAGCCUGCUAAGCCAAAAGACACCGAGUCCUUCUACCUGCACAGUCCUCACGAUCUCGUCUACACCAGGAUCACGCGGUUGUUCGCCGACACGGACAAGCAUCGCCACUUUGAGAAGAAAGACGAACCUUUGACUGUGAAAGUGGACGUGCACAUCAACAAUGGACUCCUCGAUCGACCAUCCAGCGGAAACGGUUACGCGGUCAAGUCGGAUAUGGUUCGCGAGUCAUCCGAGCACGCGUACGAACAAAUCUGCCUACGCCAGGAAUCAGAAGCUGCCGGUGUACCAGCUGCGCUUGCCCAAAAGAAAUUGUCCGACAACGCAUCCGACGGCAGCCGCUGCCGGAAAGCCGAUCGAAGAUACAGCAGAUCGAGUAGCGCUAGCGAGUCGUCGAACGCGAGCAGCGAGAUUCCUUGCUUCUCCUCGAGCGCGUCCACUCCGUCGUUGUCGCGAAACAGCAGCAACGAACGAAUCGAGAAAAAAGACUCGACGAGUUCCCAAGUAGAAAGCGAAAAGGAGAUCAAACCGGUCAGCAACGGAGCUAGUUUCGCUAAGCCACCGCCACCACCGCCACCACCUCCACCGCCAGACAAAGAAGACGUCGUGGUGCUGUUGGUGAACGUUGGCCGGGAUGAGAAGAAGGACAACGGUGCUGAGGCGAGCAACCGAGAUGCAAGAAACGAGACCGGCCUCUUCGUAUCCGCAGCGACCAACAAGUCCGACGUAUCCUGCGGCGAGCAUCGCCAGCCGGAAGUGCCUCCUGCCAGUCCAGCUGCAGACACCGAGGAAAUUAAGGCGAGUCAAACGUCGCAUCUGGUGAACAAACAUAUGGUGCUGCCGUUCAUACCUCCCAAGUUCACCAACGCGGACUCCAACACUUUGCUCAAACCGUCCGAGUACCUAAAAAGCAUCUGCAAAGCUUCCUCGAAGAAUAGCCUGUCGAAAGCAAGGUCGGUGGACAAUUUGGACAUACAGAGCAGAAGAUACGAUCGAAGGGAAAUUAGCUCGAGAUCGGAACGGCGACAGGACGAGGAGGAGGAGGAGGAAGAGGAGGAGGUGGGGGAGGAGGGGGAAGAGGAAGAGGAAGAGGAGGAGCAAGCGGAAGAAGAGGGAGAGGAGGGAAGAAGAUCUAUAUCGGGCCCUCCACCACCGCCGCUGUCCCCGCUUCAAAAGUUACGACGAAACGGCGAGAACUUUGCUGCUUCCGUCAACAACAACAACGCCAACAACGCCAACACGGAACCGGAAUCCCCGAAAAACCCCCAACCUCUGGCCACUAUCAGCAUUCAAGACCUAACCAGUAUCCAGCUGCGAAGAACCAGCGCGAAAAUGAACGCGACCAAAACAUUUUCCGCGCCACCGCCGCGAAGCGUGUCUAUGACGAACGUUUCAGAGUCGUUCUUCGUCCAGAAGACCGAUUUGAUCGCGGAGCUGAAGCGAACCAAGGACAUUCCAGGAAUCAAGAAGCUUAAAGUGGAAAUGGCUCAAGUGGAGAAAACGCAAGAGCAGAAUCUCAUAUCGGAGAUCAACAAGGCUUUCAACGUUUCAAAUUUUGUCGAUCAGAUUCCGGAGAAGGAUAGUUCCGGCAACCUGAUACCGAUAUGGAAACGUCAAAUGUUGGCACGAAAGGCUGCCGAGCGAGCAAAGAAAGAGUUGGAGGAACAGAUUGCCAGAGAGAACGAGGAGAGACGACAAAAGGCAAUUCCUGCUUGGAAGAGACAACUCCUUGCGAAGAAGGAUAACGAGGAAAAAAGACUGAAUCAAGCACACGUGGUGGUGGCAGCGGUGCAACCGGUGCCAGCGGCAUCAGCGGCAUCAGCGACAUCAGCGGCACCAACGGUCAAACUUGAUGCCACCUUAUCACCGAAAGUAGAUGCGCAACGACAAGAGAAAGCAGAGGACAAGACAGAAAGCGAAGAGAAUAACGCCAACGACGCGGACGAUGACGGUCCGAUCAUACCCUGGCGAGCACAACUUCGGAAAACCAACAGCAAGCUCAGCAUUUUGGAUUAAUAUUUCCGAAGCGAACGUCGUCGUCGUCGUCGUCGUCGUCGUCGUCGUCGUCGUCGUGACCAACGCGAAUGAAACACAGAAUGUACAUAGAAUCCAGUAAAAUUUCUACCAAUCAGUC